GGCUGCCCCAGCCUCGUGCUGUCUAGCCCCUGGCAACUGAGUUUCUCCCACUCGGUCGGCUUCCUCUUCCCCACCAUGAGUCGGCAACUGAACUUCAAGUCCGGUGGUGACAAGGGCAGCUUCAGCGUGCAUUCUGCAGUGGUGCCAAGGAAGACAGUGGGCAACUUGGCCUCUUACCGCACUGUUGGCCAAGGGGCUGGGGCUGGCUUUGGCAGCCGGAGCCUCUACAGUCUUGGAGGGAAUCGGCAUAUUUCUUUCAACGUGGCUGGCAGUGGCGUUCGGGCUGGAGGGUACAGCUUUGGGCAUGGCUCUGGGUAUGGAGGGGGCCGGGCCAGCGGCUUUGCUGGAAGUAUGUUUGGCAGUGUGGCCUUGGGGCCCUCGUGUGCCUCUGUGUGCCUGCCUGGGGGCAUCCACCAGGUCACUGUCAACAAGAACCUCCUGGCCCCCCUCAACGUGGAGCUGGACCCUGAAAUUCAGAAAGUGCGCGCCCAGGAGCGGGAACAGAUCAAGGCUCUGAAUGACAAGUUUGCUUCCUUCAUUGACAAGGUGCGGUUCCUGGAACAGCAGAACCAGGUGCUGGAGACCAAGUGGGAGCUGCUGCAGCAGCUGGACCUGAACAACUGUAGGAAGAACCUGGAGCCCAUUUAUGAGGGCCACAUCAGCAGCCUGCGGAAACAGCUGGAGACCCUGUCUGGGGACAGGGUGAGGCUGGACUCGGAGCUGCGGAACAUGCGGGACGUGGUGGAGGACUACAAGAAGAGGUAUGAGGUGGAGAUUAACCGGCGCACUGCAGCGGAGAAUGAGUUUGUGGUGCUCAAGAAGGAUGCAGACGCAGCCUACACGGUCAAAGUGGAGCUUCAGGCCAAAGUGGACUCUCUGGACAAAGACAUCAAGUUCCUGAAGUGUCUGUAUGACGCGGAAAUCGCCCAGAUCCAGACUCAUGCUAGUGAGACCUCUGUCAUCCUGUCCAUGGACAACAACCGGGACCUGGACCUGGACAGCAUCAUUGCCGAGGUCCGCGCCCACUAUGAAGACAUCGCCCUGAAGAGCAAGGCUGAAGCCGAGGCUCUGUACCAGACCAAGAUCCAAGAGCUGCAGCUGGCAGCUGGCAGGCAUGGAGAUGACCUCAAACACACCAGGAACGAGAUGUCAGAGCUAAACCGACUCAUCCAGAGGAUCCGCUGUGACAUUACCAACGUGAAGAAGCAGUGCUCUAACCUGGAGACAUCCAUUGCGGAUGCUGAGCAGCGAGGGGACAAUGCCCUUAAGGAUGCCCGGGCCAAGCUGGACGAGCUGGAGGGAGCCCUGCACCAGGCCAAGGAGGAGCUGGCCCGGAUGAUGCGUGAAUACCAGGAGCUCAUGAGCCUGAAGCUAUCCCUGGACAUUGAGAUCGCCACCUACCGCAAGCUGCUGGAGGGCGAAGAGUGCAGGAUGUCUGGGGAGAAUCCAUCCUCUGUUAGCAUCUCUGUCAUCAGUAGCAGCAAUUACGGUUACUGUGGUUACCAACCCAGCUCGGUGAGUGCUGACCUUGGGGCCGGUAGUGCCAGCAGCACCAGAAGCAGCCAGACCAAGACCCAAGGGGCACGAGCGGGAGACCUCAAGGAGUCCCAGGGCAAGAGUGCCCCAGCCAGCACCCCAGCCAGGAAGACCACCCGAUAAGCCCACUGCCCUGCUCACCUCAGCACCUGGAAGAAAGGAUGCCUUGGCCAGAGCCAAAGAUGCCUGUCACACCUGAAUCCUCUGUCUCCGAGUUCUAGGACUGUCUAUAGUUCACUCAGCUACCCACAUCACACCUCAUCUUACUUUCAAGUGCUUAUCAGUGGUCACCCUCGUGUGUCAGUAGGUCCUGUGCAGACCUGGGGACUUCUCAUUUUCCCCACUGCCUUCAGCUGGCAGGAGGCUUUGGAAGCCCAAGCCAUGAUCAGCUCUGAGGCUGAUGGGGAAUGGGGCUCACAACCUGAAAUAGCUUUUAGAGGAAUACACAAGCCAUUGGCCUGCAGUAGGAAGGAAUGGUCAUGCAGAGAGGGGUGGGGGGAGGGAGGAAGAUAGAUUUUCUUCUGCGCUUAGGUCAAGUUCUCCAUUGUCCAAGAGGUUUUGCUACUCCUGCCAGCAUGGUGGGGUGAACCCCGAGCUGUGCGACCAGAAGGUGAGAAGUAAGGCAGCCUUCCAGUCCCUGCCCUUCUGGAAAGAUCUUUAUGGCAUGACUAUUAUUUAGUAGAAAAUGUAUACAUUCUCAGACCUCAAGGUGCACCCCUAUUCACAAAGCCAAGUGAAGGAGACCUGGGGAUUUUCCACCCCUGUGUCCCUGGGCCACUCACUGCCCUUUUAAUCCAUGGUUACGUCCAUAGUCAGCACCUACUGUGCACCAGGCACCCUCCAUGCGCUGCCUCUAGUCAGCCCAUCCUUGGGGAAGGCACAGUCAACAUCCUUGGGACAGACAGGGGCCUGAUCCUCUGAGGGCUAUAGAAUUUGUCCCAGUUACCCACCUACUUGCCGGCUCAGGCCUGGCUGACUCAGGGGUCCAUGCUCUUUCCAUAGGAUGUCACUGCCUCUUUAACAGAGGGAGAGUCAAGUUCAUGGUUCUGAUCAGGGCUGCAAAACCACGCUGCCUUUUGUCAGGACUGGGGUGUGAUCGAUCUUUGGUUCUUCCUCUGGGGCUGGGUCCUAUGGUGGCUUCUGACUCUCAGUUCCUAUUGCCAUGAGUCUAGUGAGUGGACUUGAUCUUGUCUCUAGGUGGUACCACCCACCCAGAAGUCGUGGUGUGUGACAUAAAUAUUGCUAAGAAUGGCAUCACCUAGUCCCACUGUGUUUGAAUUAAGGACUCUGAAUUUCUGCUGUAUAUUCAAUAAACUGCCCUUGAGUGAUGUCAAAGGUGCACUCUUGUCAG